AAACCACUGACUAAUGAUGACCUUGAAGCCAAAAGAAGUGAGGCAAGACAUUCCCAGAUGACGAUUGACACUCUAAGAAUAGUCGCUGAAAGGCUGCAACUUGACACAUCUGGUAGUAAAACAGACCUUAUCGAAAGAAUAAGCACUUGCUGCCCUAAGCAGAGAAGUCAGCAGGAAGAAGGUCCGGCAUUACAAAACAGGACCCAAAUGACUAAGACAGAAGUAAGAGCAAAAAUCGAGGAAGAAUGGACUGAAGAACAUUUUGAAAGGUCUAGAGAUCAACAUGAAUACAACCUACUUCGGGCAAUUGGUAGAGAUCUGGAUAUAAGCAUGAAUUCUGCUUCUGUUGAAGAGGCGGUAUCCUAUAUUGAUGCAGUGAAAAAGAAAGUAAAAGAUCAGAUGAUAUUGUUAAAAGUAGCAAAAAAGUAUAGAUGGGAUGUGGCAGUCGAACUGCCUCAAUCUACAGAUGAAGAACUAACUGAUUAUAUAGAAGUAAUUGAUAGAGCCCGCCAAGUGGCGGCUGGUCUACUGGGAAACAAAAAUAAAAGCAUCACUAUUAAUAUUGAAUUGGCUAAGAAAUGGCAUACCUUUAUUUCCCAGAGGGUUACUCCCUUUAACAGCACAGCCAACUCAAAGACAAUACAAAAUGAAUACGGAACAAUCAGACUGGAUAAAAAAGGAACUAAAUACGAUGUUAGAGAAUGGAGCAAUAAAAUGGGUAGGACUUGGGUUUACAAGACCAGCAACACUUAUGGAAGUCAGUCCAAUUUUUUUGAGACCAAAAACAGGCCCCAAAAAAUGGCGGUUAAUCAUCGAUCUUAG